CUUUCUUAACCUCUAUUUAAGUAGCACCCCUCUGCUCAUAUAUUUCUUCAUCACAGAUCCUCUUAAACUUGCACGCAGCAAAACCCUCUUAGCUAACUGAAAGUUCUUAAGACCUCCCAACAUGACGAUGACAGAGAUGAGAGUGCAUAUGGAUUGUGCUGGCUGUGAGACUAAAAUAAAGAAGGCUCUUCAAAAGCUAGAUGGAGUGGAUGACAUAGACAUAGACAUGACCAUGCAAAAAGUAACAGUAAUGGGCUGGGCAGACCAGAAGAAGGUUCUUAAAGCAGUAAGGAAGACAGGAAGAAGAGCUGAGCUAUGGCCAUAUCCGUAUAAUCCUGAAUAUUAUAAUUUCAAACAACAGUACCAGUAUCAGCAGCAACAAGAAACUCAACCUGAAGUUACCUAUUAUGCAACUCAGUACUCCACCUCUUCAUACAACUAUCGUAAACAUGGUUACAGUAAUGAAGACUACGGUUAUUAUCAAACACCCCCUUAUUCAAUGGCUGUUGAUGAACAGGCUACCGCUAUGUUUAGUGAUGAAAAUCCUCAUGCUUGUUCCAUAAUGUGAUAGAUAAUGUAUUAAGACUAGUUUCUUCUUCUUCUUUUUUUUCCUUUUGCCUUUUGUAUGCGUGUACAGUUAUAGAAUAUAUGGUUUUGUUUUGUCUAAUAAUUCAUAUGAUUAAUGCCCUCAAA